CUGUCUGCAGCAGUGCUGAGAGGACCAGCCAUUUUACUUAUGGAAAACAGUGUGGCAUAUUCUGCUGAACUUCACCCUGGAAGAAGCCUCUUUUAUACAUCUCUUCGGGGAAGAGAGAAGCAAUGGGCAUGUUAGUAUACAAUGAUCACAGCCACGCAGGCCUGCAAGCUGCCGUUUGGACAGGCUGUUGACUGCUGUUCCAAUUAGCUGAUUGGAGAAUGUGGAAUGCAGAGUGAUAAUGCUGCGUAUCUGCUAUCAGGCAGCAGCAAAGGUUUUUGUCUUGGGAAGGCAAAGCUUUCCCUGCAAUAUUAUCUCAGCAGCUUCCUAGCUGCUUACCCUGUAAACGAGGGAUCCAAACGGAGGGUGUUGCCCUCUGCUAAGGCUGGUCCUGUGCGUGGUUGUAGCAUAUGAGCGGCAGGUCUGAAAAAGCAGGUGUGUGCUGGGACGGGCACUGGACUGGAACGCAGGCGGACGCUCUCGGGUUUACCUGCUUCCUGUUAACAGAUUGUGGGCUCCCAGGGCAUAUGUCUGCACGCUGAGGCCGAGGCGGAGAAGGGGCUUUCUGGGCAGCCCACUGCACUGACAGAGCCUUCCAGAGCUUUCCUGGCCUCUGAUUCUAAAGCACUUUGUCCAGUGUCCAGAAUUUGGCAUUCAGACAUUGUACUGACACUUGGAUUGGACUUAAUCUUAAACCUCUGGAGUUCAAGACCUUUUAAAAAGGGCUAAAUAAACAAUCUCUACAUGUAAAAGGCCACUGACUCCUACUUCCUCUGCAUAGAGCAACAGUUGAACUCAGCUGCCUGUAGGAAAGCUGAAGACUUUAAUAACAAACCCUCCAAGGUCAAAAUGAAUACAGAUAGCGGUGGGUGUGCUCGCAAACGUGCCGCCAUGUCUGUUACGCUAACAUCUGUGAAGAGAGUGCAAAGUUCUCCAAACCUAUUGGCUGCAGGGCGUGAUUCUCAGUCACCAGACUCAGCUUGGAGAUCUUACAAUGAUGGCAAUCAAGAGACACUGAAUGGAGAUGCUACAUAUUCCUCUCUUGCAGCAAAAGGUUUUCGAAGCGUUCGACCAAACCUACAAGAUAAAAGAUCACCAACUCAGGCACCCCCUCCACCAGACAGAAAAGAGAGCUUUCACAGCUCUUUGAUAACCAGUCACACAAAGGGUGUCAUUUUAGACCAGUUAGUAACUAACACACAAAUUCCCUGCAAUACAGAGUACUUUGCUAACAAAAAACCUCCUCAGGGAACUAUGUAUUCCAAUGAAGAUUCGAGGCAGACAAUUGUAUAUUCUGAAGAAUCUAACACAACCAUGUCGUAUACACAAAAAAUCACUAAUCCACUACCAGCAGCUUCCAGCACGGAUCCUACACCAUUCACUAACAUCAACACCCCAGUUCUACAAGAGGACUACAGGCAAGAUUCUCAAACGCGGAGGAUUUCUACCUUGAAACUAACCCAUAACGAGGAUCUAGGAAGUAGCAGCCCUGUUAAUACUCCACAGUUUUCCAAAUCUGUUGAAGUACCAUCAUUUCUCAAAAGGCCCUGCUCACUGACCCCUAAUCCAGUGCCUGAGACACACACAGCAUCUCUUUCCAUACAGAUAGCUCCCCUUUCAGGACAGGAUCCUGAAAGCCACAAACGGCUACCUGAGCUUUCUCCAGAGACUGCAAAGAUACGUCUUCAGCAAGAGAGACAAAAAUCUGCAGUUGCAGUGGCCUCUCAGUCCUCAGGCUGCAGGGUGCUUGGAAAUCAGAACUUACCUGCCAGUGUGUUGGAGAGCCAGAUAACAGUGAAUGGAAACUCUGGAGGUGCCGUGAGUCCCAUGAGUUACUAUCAGAGGCCGUUUUCCCCCUCGGCAUAUUCUCUCCCAGCCUCACUCAACUCCAGCAUCGUCAUGCAGCACGGCACGUCCCUUGAUUCCACAGGGACGUAUCCCCAGCAUGCGCACUCUCUGGAUGGCACCACCAGCAGCUCUAUCCCCCUGUACCGAUCCUCUGAGGAAGAGAAGAGAGUCACAGUCAUCAAAGCCCCGCAUUACCCAGGGAUCGGGCCCGUGGAUGAAUCCGGAAUCCCCACAGCAAUUAGAACGACAGUCGACCGACCAAAGGACUGGUACAAGACGAUGUUUAAGCAAAUUCACAUGGUGCACAAGCCGGAUGAUGACACAGACAUGUAUAAUACUCCUUAUACAUACAAUGCAGGUCUGUACAACCCACCCUACAGUGCUCAGUCACACCCUGCUGCAAAGACCCAAACCUACAGACCUCUUUCCAAAAGCCACUCCGACAACAGCACUAAUGCCUUUAAGGAUGUGUCCUCCCCAGUGCCUCCCCCACAUGUUCCACCUCCAGUCCCACCACUUCGACCAAGAGAUCGGUCUUCAACAGAAAAGCAUGACUGGGAUCCUCCCGACAGAAAAGUGGACACAAGAAAAUUUCGGUCUGAGCCAAGGAGUAUUUUUGAAUACGAACCUGGCAAGUCAUCAAUUCUGCAGCAUGAAAGACCAGCCUCCUUGUAUCAGUCGUCUAUAGACAGAAGCCUGGAAAGACCCAUGAGUUCUGCAAGCAUGGCCAGUGACUUCAGGAAGCGGAGGAAGAGUGAGCCUGCAGUGGGUCCACCACGGGGCUUGGGAGAUCAAAGUGUGAGCAGGACUAGCCCAGGCCGAGCGGACCUCCCAGGAUCAAGUACUACCCUUACAAAGUCUUUCACUAGCUCUUCUCCUUCUUCCCCAUCGAGAGCAAAAGGUGGGGAUGAUAGCAAAAUGUGUCCAUCCCUUUGCAGUUACUCAGGGCUCAACGGCAACCCCUCCAGUGAGUUAGAUUACUGUAGCACGUAUAGACAGCACUUAGACGUCCCUCGGGACUCACCAAGGGCCAUUAGUUUCAAGAAUGGCUGGCAAAUGGCCCGGCAAAACGCAGAAAUCUGGAGCAGCACAGAAGAAACCGUUUCUCCCAAAAUCAAAUCCCGGAGCUGUGACGAUCUCCUAAACGAUGACUGCAAUAGCUUCCCGGACCCGAAAAUCAAGUCAGAAAGCAUGGGCUCCCUGUUAUGUGAAGAGGACUCCAAAGACGGCUGCCGCAGAGCCUGGGGGUCGCCCUACAUCCAGGAGGUUCGCGGUCCCGGCAGAUCCAGGAUCAGACACCGGUCAGCCCACAACGCCCCGGGGUUCCUGAAGAUGUACAAGAAAAUGCACCGCAUCAACCGCAAGGACCUGAUGAAUUCCGAGGUGAUCUGCUCCGUGAAGUCCAGGAUACUGCAGUACGAGAGCGAGCAGCAGCACAAGGGCCUGCUGCAGGCCUGGAGCCAGUCCUCCACGGAGGAGGUGCCCCGGCACAUGGUGCCCACGCGCAUUUCCGAGUUCGAAAAGCUGAUUCAGAAGUCCAAAUCCAUGCCCAAUUUAGGGGACGACAUGCUGUCUCCCGUCACCCUAGAACCACCACAAAAUGGCUUAUGUCCCAAGAGGCGAUUCUCCAUUGAGUAUUUGCUGGAGGAAGAAAACCAAAGUGGACCCCCCUCUCAGGGCCAGCGAGGCCGCGCGUCUAACGCCCUGGUGCCUAUUCACAUUGAAGUCACCAGCGAUGAGCAGCCCAGAGCCCACGUGGAGUUUUCCGACAGCGACCAGGACGGGGUUGUGUCUGACCACAGCGACUACAUUCACCUAGAGGGGUCAUCCUUCUGCAGUGAAAGUGACUUUGAUCACUUUUCCUUCACAUCCUCUGAAAGCUUUUAUGGAUCCAGCCACCACCACCACCACCACCACCACCACCACCACCGCCACCUCAUCAGCUCCUGCAAAGGCAGAUGCCCGGCCUCCUACACUCGAUUUACCACAAUGUUGAAACACGAAAGAGCCAGACACGAAAACCCCGAGGAGCCCAGAAGGCAAGAAAUGGACCCCAGCCUUUCUAAACUGGCUUUUCUAGUCAGUCCUGUGCCUUUCCGCAGGAAAAAAAAUUCAGCCCCUAAGAAACAGACUGAAAAGGCAAAAUGUAAAGCAUCUGUGUUUGAGGCUCUGGACUCUGCCCUUAAAGACAUUUGUGACCAAAUUAAAGCUGAAAAGAAAAGGGGGAGCUUGCCAGACAACAGCAUCUUGCACCGUCUCAUCAGUGAGCUGCUGCCAGAUGUUCCCGAGAGGAACUCGUCCCUGAGAGUGCUGAGGAGGAGCCCCCUGCACCAGCCUCUCCACCCACUGCCUCAAGAUGGUGCUAUUCAUUGCCCACCCUACCAGAAUGAUUGCGGGAGAAUGCCCCACAGUGCCUCUUUCCAGGACGUGGACACAGCCAACAACUACCACCACCAAGACCGUGGCGGUGCGCUCCAAGACCGUGAGUCCCCUAGAAGUUACUCAUCCACUUUGACUGACACAGGGAGAAGUGCACCAAGGGAAAGAAGAGGAACUCCAGAAAAAGAGAAAUUGCCUGCAAAAGCUGUUUAUGAUUUUAAGGCUCAGACAUCUAAGGAGUUGUCAUUUAAGAAAGGAGAUACCGUCUACAUCCUCAGGAAAAUCGAUCAAAAUUGGUAUGAGGGAGAACACCACGGGAGAGUGGGCAUCUUUCCGAUCUCAUACGUAGAGAAACUCACACCUCCUGAGAAAGCACAGCCUGCGAGACCACCUCCGCCAGCCCAGCCCGGAGAAAUCGGAGAAGCUGUAGCCAAAUACAACUUCAACGCAGACACAAACGUGGAGCUGUCACUGAGAAAGGGAGAUAGAGUUAUUCUUCUUAAAAGAGUUGAUCAAAACUGGUAUGAAGGUAAAAUCCCAGGAACCAACAGACAAGGCAUCUUCCCUGUUUCCUAUGUGGAGGUCGUCAAGAAGAACACAAAAGGUGCUGAGGAUUACCCCGACCCUCCAAUACCCCACAGCUAUUCUAGUGAUAGGAUUCACAGCUUGAGCUCAAAUAAGCCACAGCGUCCUGUGUUUACUCAUGAAAAUAUUCAAGGUGGGGGGGAACCGUUUCAGGCUCUGUAUAACUAUACUCCUAGGAACGAAGAUGAGCUGGAGCUCAGAGAAAGUGAUGUCAUCGAUGUGAUGGAGAAGUGCGAUGACGGCUGGUUUGUGGGGACCUCAAGAAGAACCAAAUUCUUUGGUACUUUCCCCGGAAACUACGUCAAGAGGCUGUGAAUCGCUCUCCCUCCUUCUGUAGGCCACCUGCCAGCCACACACCUGCAUCAAUGCCUGAAACACCCUGCGGGCCUCCCGUCGUCAUGCCUUACGGUUUCCAAUGCACCGUCACCAUCUCCACCUGCCACCAAACCACCAGCAGAGUAACCGCCGCAGCUGUGAGCCUGGGGGCGACAUGGCAGGCUGGCCCCCACCGUGAAAGUGUGGAUUCCUACUUCCUGCUCUAAGCUUUGACACGUCAAAAUGUGGGAUCAGAAAGAAAAUCAUGAUACUUAAAAAUGGUCAAAUAUUUGAGGCAAAAAAAAAAGGGUCUCCAGGGGGCUAUUUCAACACCUCCCCCCAGGCGAUCUUCUCCCCAAAGACGACCAGAAAAUUGUUUAUUGGGAAAUGCUGUGGUUUGCGUUUUCACAUUCUUAGCUUGGCAGUGUAUAUUCUUUUCACAAGUUUGCCUAGUGUCUUGGUUUACACAAUAUGACAACUGUAACUGUACUUUAGUUAGUGUUUGCCUGCACAUACAUGUUGUAAUAUGCACAGUGAUUACCACCUUUAAAGCAAGAGGAGGAAAGUUAAUUUGGAUGAGUGUGAUUUUGUUGAUUGAAUGUAAGUUUUCAAAUAGGAGUCUUUUUCUGCAAAUUUUUUGCACUUUUUAGAAGUGCAAACAGUAAAUGAAUAAAAGCCUUCAGUAAUAAUCAUGACAGUACAAGAGGCUGAGCUAGACUACAGGGAAAAACUAUUGUGUUGUAAAGUUGCAUCGCUAUUUUAUAUUAAAAUGUAAUGAUCAGCAUCAUGAACAAUGAGCUCUUAGUGUUUUAUUUAUCUGAAAAAAAUGUAAGUAAAAGCAGUGUUAGUGAGAGGUGCAAAGAAUUACUCUAACAUAGACACUUGAAAGUAUCUGUAAGCAAUACUAGUAGGUAAGAUUUCACUGUGUGUACACAUACACAUUUGAGAUUGUAUGAGAACAUAUAAUCCAUAUGCUAUGUUGUACAUUUUAUGGAAAUGUAAUAGAAUCUCACACAUUAUUUUAUAGAAAUAGAGUACAGAAGCAUCAUAAGUAUUAAAGUCGGUUUUAGCAAGGAUUAUGAUUAAUACAAUUAUUUUUACUAUAAUAAUUAUUUUUCUUCUAUGGAACUCAGAAUCCUGGCUACAUUUGAGGACAGGAAUAUGUUGAGCCUGAUUUUCCUGGUGUGUGUAAAAUAUUUCCUAGGAAUAAAUUAGGCACUUUUUAGAAACAAUGUUAAAUCAUUCAGGUUUUAUUUUCUGCCCUGAAGCAGAAAUUUACAAAAUGAUAUUGGGACCUGGAAGGUUUAAUAUAGUUCACAGUGCCUGAAUUACACAUACUCCAAGAACUAGCUUUGUAUUUCUUAUGACUUUGCAUAAGAACUAUUCAUCUUUGGAUCUUGAGCACCUUAUAGAUAAAACUUUUUAUGGCAUUUCUUUUGUGGACAGUGAUUGAUCUUUUCACAAUGUACGUAGUCUUUAGAAUUUUGUACAUAUGUUUGCUCUUUUUUUGUACAGAAUAUUUAGUUUAGUUGUUGAGAAAACAGGGGAGUUUCCUAAUUUGGUCUUUAUCCUGUGACAACACUUUCAGCAGACUAGCCUCUCCCUAUCUCACAGAUCACAAGCACCCCUAGAUAAUGUGAUUCUGUCAGAUAGCAUUUAUGCAAAAAUCUGUGAAGUUAAAAGAUCGUAGAAGCCAAACUGAAAUGUACAUAUCUACUGACUGAUGACAAGGGAAUUUCAUUAGGAAGAAGGUAAAGCAACAUCUUUGAGUAGGCUACCUUGAUUUCUGUCAAGUUCACAACCAGCUUCAUAUUUUAAAGGCUUCAGGUUUGAAAUUAAGUCAACUGCAUGCAGCUUUGCUGAUAAAUGAAUAAUUCUCUUUGAUGCCAUUUAUGAGAAAAGACUUCAAUAUCUGUUGCCUGUCAUAUUUAAGAAAAAUUACUGUUUCUACUCGCUGUAUCUGAUUUUAAAAGAAAAAAAUAUUCAUACCUGGCUUCCAGGUAAUUGACUUUGAAUUCUUACAAGCAAAGGUCAUUGUGUUUUUCUUGAAUAGACAUCUAAUAAAUUUUGCUUGGAAGUAUA